GGCUUAAGCCAAAAGAUUUCAUGCCUGGACCUGCCUCUACAUCAGCAACAGAAGUGAGACCAUCCCAAGUAUCAAGGGCCAGAAAGAAAGCUUCCCGGAAAAAACACUCCAGGAAAAAACCCAAGGAUACGCGCAGGGUACCAGAACAUGGCCAGGCUCUUCCAGGGAUGGAAACAGGGGUAGCUUCAGUUUCUCAACAGCAGAUUCUGACUGACACAGAAAGCAACACAGAACACAAACCCUUUAAAUGUCAGCAGUGUGGAGAUAGCUUUAGAAUUCCUUCUGAGCUUGCUAAGCACCAGAGAGUUCAUACCAAAGAGAAGCCUUUUACAUGUCAACAGUGUGGUAGUAGCUUCCGGUGUGGUUCAGAUUUUAAAAAGCAUUGCCUGGCUCACCAAGAAAUAAAACUACACCAGUGUUCCUGGUGUCCGAAAUCCUUUAGUCGUAAUACAAGCUUAGUUAGACACCAAAGAAUUCAUACAGGAGAGAAACCCUUUAACUGUAUUGAAUGUGGGAGACUAUUCAUUCAGAAAUCUCACCUCAUUAAACACCAGCUAACCCACAUUGCUGACCGUCCCUAUACAUGUUAUCAGUUACCAAAGCUUGACAUGAACUUCCCAUUGGAUCAUAGAGAAGAGCCCUGGGUAAAAGACUUAGAGGAUCCCAAAGAAAUGAAACAAUUACUUGAUCCCAAGAUUGGUUUUGAGAUGGGAAUAGAAAAUGAAGAAGAUACUUCAAAACAGAAAAAACUGGAAAAUUUGUACCCAUUUGUUGUAACUUUAGAAGGGAAUGCUCUCCAUGGACCCAUUUUGCAGAAAGACUACGUGCAGUUAGAAAAUCACUGGGAAACAUCCCCCGAGGAUAUACAGACAGAUUUAACAAAACUCGGAGAUCCUCAGAACCCCACUCUAGGAGAGAGACCUGAGAGCCCCAACCUGGAAGAACCUCUCAACCCAAAGCCUCCAAAGAAAAAGAGUCCUGGGGACAAACCUCACCGAUGUCCCCAGUGUGGCAAAUGUUUCGCUCGGAAGUCACAACUUACCGGGCACCAGCGAAUUCAUUCAGGAGAGGAACCUCACAAAUGCCCUGAAUGUGGAAAAAGGUUCCUGCGUAGCUCUGACCUUUACAGACACCAACGACUACACACGGGAGAAAGACCCUAUGAAUGCACGGUAUGUAAAAAGCGGUUCACUCGGCGCUCUCACCUUCUCGGGCACCAGAGAACCCAUUCUGAAGAAGAAACAUACAAAUGUCUUGAAUGUGGCAAAACCUUUUGUCAUGGAUCGAGUCUUAAAAGACAUCUAAAAACUCAUACAGGUGAAAAGCCUCAUAGAUGUCACAAUUGUGGGAAAAGUUUUAGUCGCCUGACGGCACUUACUUUGCACCAGAGAACACACACGGAAGAGAGACCUUUUAAAUGUAGUUAUUGUGGGAAAAGCUUUAGACAGAGACCAAGCCUUGUAAUUCAUUUAAGAAUCCAUACAGGGGAAAAGCCAUACAAGUGUACUCAUUGUUCUAAAAGCUUCAGGCAGAGAGCAGGCCUUAUUAUGCACCAGGUCACACACUUCAGAGGACUUCUUUAAGAACCUUUAAGGGAAACAGAUUCUAGCAAAGUUAACACUAGUUCAGAAACAGUGUAGGCUGCAGUAGCUGUUUGUCUUAGAAGCCUUUUGUCUGAGUAUGUAAGUGAAGCUUUGAG